CGGGAAUUUUUCUAAUUCGUGUUUAUUUCCUUGAAUUUUAUCGUUUAACUUCAGUGUUCAAGGGGCCUUUGUGCCGACAAGAUGCGGAAGUUAAGGCAGUGGCUUUCAGCUGCAAUCAUUUUGACCACGGCCUUUAGUGUCAAUUUGGCUACUCCCGGCAUUGACAAAUUAUCCAGCACUGAAUCGUCAUCUGCUGUUUCCCCGUUUCAAAAGGAAGUCUGCCAUGAAAAGCUGAGUAAAGACCUCAAAGACGAAUUUUCAAAGCUGCCCACAUUUGAUGGAUUGUCGGAAAAAUUCAAUUCGGCUUUGACAACAAAUCUAAGAGAUGUAAAUUUGCAACUGAAUGCCUCUAUUGCGAGCAACAGCGACUUAUUUAGAACCAUGAAAGAGGAACUGAAAAGAAGUUUCUCAAAAGAGGUUACAAAUUUAAGCAAUUCUUAUUCUGAUAGAACUAAUAAGAACUUUGAGAACUUAAGUAUCCAAUUUGAGUCAUGCAAAUCUUUGGAGCGUAAAAUCGAAGAAACCAAUAAAAAAGUAGUAAAUAUGACGAAAAGCAUCGGGGAUUUAAUCUUGAUGACAAGUGAAACUGGCAAGAAUCUUAAAGAUUUGAAUAAUACCUGCAGUGUUAUCUGCAAGCAAGAAGCAGAAUCACAAAAACUAGAAUUGGAAAAACUUCGGCCUGAAAUUAUUGAAAUCCAAACAAUGACUAAGAAUCUCAUCAAUUACAUUGUCAUUCUUCAAUCUAACGUGACUCAAAUUCUUGCCGAAAAAGCAUCAGACGAUGAGAACGUCGAUGAUGAGAAAAAGACGGACAUAGCAGAACUGAUGACUAACUUGACCAGAGAGUUCAUCAAUGCCAGCGCACCAAACUUUGAAAAAUUGGAAGCAAAGACAAAGGUAGUCGACCACGCAUUUUGGUUUAUGUUGAUAGUAAUUGCGAGUCAAGUUAUUGUCAUGGCGCUUCUGUUGUUGAACAUUUUAAGAAAAGCACAAACCUUGAAAAUCCAAACGGGAAAUACUCAAAAUCGGCCAAAGUCAAAUGGUUUUAAAGAUAGCGUAAAAUACAAGGAAAACGACGACAUUGAAGUGCAGAAUGAUAUGUACGGUUACAUGUAAUCUUGUUAUUACUAAACAAAGUCUGGAAUAUUUUCAAAAGACCCAAUGAAAUUUGAGAACUAAAAAAGCAUGAAUAGAGAAUAAAUAAUUAACAAAACUCUUUUUGAGCUUUAAAAUGUAAACUUAUGUACUACAUGAAAAUAAUAUCUGUAAUAUUCUUAUACAUAUUAUGCAAUAAUUUAAUCAUUUAAUGGAAAAAUUUGUUACAAUAAGUUUUACACAGUCAAGAUUAUUUAACUUUAACAUUUUCUUGUCCUUUUAGUUUGGCUUUCGUCAUAUAAUUUUGUAUUUUAACAAAAUAAUAAAUAAUUAAUGUUUUCUAGGUGUA